AUGCUAUAAGUUAAUAGUGUUUUCAUAUCUUGUAGGAUCCUCCCCAAACACAAAACCCAGUUGUACUAAGGUGUUUGUGAGCUAUUUCAGCCCAGAAUGGCUAUGGAAUCCAGAGCAAUUUCAACUUUAAAACCUCAGGAUCAAGAAGAAGAUGAAUUAAUACUAGUCAAAAUAGAAGAUAGUUUUUCCUGGAGUCAGAAAUGUAAACAGAAUGGGAGUACCCAGUCUUGCCAAGAAUUGUUUCGUCAGCAAUUCAGGAAGUUUUGCUACCAUGAAACCCCUGGGCCCCGAGAGGCCCUGGGCCGACUCCAGGAACUUUGUUACCAGUGGCUGAUGCCAGAGUUGCACACAAAGGAGCAGAUCCUAGAACUGCUAGUGCUGGAGCAGUUUCUGAGCAUCUUACCUGAGGAACUGAAGAUAUGGGUUCAGCAGCAUGGGCCAAGAAGUGGUGAGGAAGCUGUGACCCUGCUGGAGGAUUUGGAGAAAGAGUUUGAUGAUCAAGGGCAGCAGGUCCCAGAUAGUCCACAAGGACCAUCAGUGUCAUGGAAAGACUUGACAUAUCUCAAAGCAUCCCAAGAUUCAACAAGCAUCCAAGUCCGGCCUUUGAAGACACAACUGAAAUCCUGGAAAUCUUGCCUUUCCUCUAACAGUGGUAUGAAUAGAAACUUACCUUCAAGUUUAUAUUCUCAGAAUAGUGAAACAACAGCAAAAGAGGACAUUUUAGAAGAAAAAUCACCAGAACUCUCUUGGGAUCCUUCAUUUAGAGGUGUUAGUGAGCACAAAAGCAAUCUAGAGUGGCAGCAAAGAAAUUCUCCUCUCCACAGGGGUAGUUUUAGUCAAGUGAUCCUCACACACAAAUCCUUAGCAAAGAAAGACCAUUGUGAUGAAUCUCAAAGAUGCUUAAUUCUAAGUACAAACUCUGUAACAUGUCAGAAAGUUUCCCCAGAAGAGAGACCUUACAGAUGUGAUGUAUGUGGGCAUAGCUUUAAACAGCAUUUCUCUCUAACACAACAUCAGAGAAUCCACACUGGAGAAAAGCCCUAUAAGUGUAAUCAAUGUGGGAAGGCCUUUAGUUUGAGGUCAUAUCUCAUUAUUCAUCAGAAAAUCCACACUGGUGAAAAAGCUUAUGAAUGUAAUGAAUGUGGAAAAGCCUUCAAUCAGAGCUCAGCCCUCACUAGACAUCGGAAAAUUCACACAGGUGAAAAAGCUUGUAAAUGUAAUGAGUGUGGCAAAGCAUUCAGUCAAAGUUCUUAUCUAAUUAUACAUCAGAGAAUUCACACUGGUGAGAAACCCUAUGAGUGUAACGAAUGUGGGAAAACCUUUAGCCAGAGCUCAAAGCUUAUUAGGCACCAGCGAAUUCAUACAGGAGAAAGACCCUAUGAAUGCAAUGAAUGUGGGAAAGCUUUUAAGCAGAGCUCCGAGCUGAUCACCCAUCAGAGGAUACACAGUGGAGAGAAACCCUAUGAAUGUAGUGAGUGCGGAAAAGCCUUCAGUCUGAAUUCAAACCUCAUAAGACACCAGCGAAUUCACAGUGGAGAGGAACCUUAUCAGUGUAAUGACUGUGGGAAAACCUUCAAAAGGAGCUCAGCCCUUGUUCAGCACCAGAGAAUCCAUUCUGGGGAUGAAGCUUAUAUAUGUAAUGAAUGUGGAAAGGCUUUUAGGCAUAGAUCAGUGUUGAUGCGUCAUCAGAGAGUCCACGCUGUUAAGUAACAAUGCAAUGACUACUAAAUACAUCAGUAUAUUUUUCUCUAUAUUAGAUAAAAGGUUGACUUUGAUUCCAUAAAGGCAGUUUGAAAAAAAAAUAAGUGGUCUUCAGUCAGUCUAACUUAA